AUGUUUUUAACUUGUUUUCUCAAAGUGAACAUACACUGUGACGGCUGCAAGCAGAAAGUGAAGAAAAUCCUUCAAAGGAUUGAAGGAGUUUACCAUGUAAGCAUAGAUGCAGAGCAACAAAAGGUGAGCAUAUCAGGAAGUGUGGGUUCUGCAACACUAAUCAAGAAACUAGUGAGGGCUGGUAAGCAUGCUGAGCUCUGGUCUGAAAAGGGAAACCAAAAUCAGAAGCAAAAAUCCCCUAGCAAAGAAGACAGCAAGAGCAACAAAGGGCAGAAGCCCAAGAAUCUUGAAUCCUUAAAAGACAAGCACAACUUCCCAUUGGUGUCGGAUGACGACGACGGUGAAGACUGCGGCGGCUACAGCGAAGAGGAGAUGCAGCUCUUAACGGCCAUGCUGAAUGCUGAGGCGGCCAAGAAAGGCAAUAAUAACAACACUAAUGCUGCGAAGAAAGGAAACCAAAAUCAGGGUUUAUCAAACAUAGGCGUUGAAGGGACGAGGGGAAACGACAUUAGUGCUAUGAUGAAUCUUGCUGGUUUCCACGGCAACGGAGCAGGCAUUCUUGGAGUUGGAGGUGGAAGUGGAUUUCAGCUGCAGCCAAACGCCGGGGGAUUUCCCUUCAAUGUGGGCUCGGCGGGCCACAAUCCGGCGGCGUUGAACGGGUACGUCAAUCCGAUGAUGAGUCUGCAGAGCAGGCAGCAGCCGCAGAUGAUGUACAAUCGAUCAACGUUGAUUCCUCCCACCACGGGCUACUACUACAACUACGCCGUUGCUGAGCCUGCUGCAGCUGUUUUCAGUGAUGACAACGCUACCAGCUGCUCGAUUAUGUGAAAAAUUCGACUAGUAUUUGUGUUUUUGGCUUUUGAUGGUUGGACCGUUAUGUAUGUAAGUAUGUUGGAGUCUGAUGCUAAGCUUGUAAGUUUGUAGUUUCAAGCAUUAGGAGUUUUGGGACUUUAUCCAGUAUUAUUAUUAUUGUUCAAUGUUAGAAUCCCCAUGCUUGUGUA